AUGGACAACGAAACCGAGAGGUCAUCGGCAUCAGGAAGCUAUGCAUUCUUGAACCAUUCGACCACGACCGUGCCGAAUAACCUACCCCCGAGCGUGGACGACAAGCCUCUUGCCCGCCAGAAGCGUAGAAGGACCAGUCCUGAAGACCAAGCUAUCCUAGAGGCUGCAUACAAAGAUGAUCCAAAGCCUGACAAGACAGCUCGCCUGGAGCUAGUCAAACGUGUUGCUUUGGGAGAAAAGGAAGUUCAGAUCUGGUUUCAAAACAGACGACAGAGCUCGCGUAGGAAGUCAAGGCCACUUCUACCCCACGAGAUUGCCCAAUAUCAACGGUCAAGGGCGGCCAUGCAAGGGAGCUCUCCAUCAUCGAGUCUUGAGUCGAGCAGCCCUCCACAUUGUGAACAAGACAUCGACAGUCACAGCCGUGAAUCAACCCCACCAGCUACAGAGAGGGUUGAGCAAAUAUCAACAGAAGCCGAUGCUACAACCCAGCCUGAUGCUCCUUCCACACUAGCGCCUACUGCAGCAUCGGCCUUACCACAGCCUUUGGGAUACCUGGCAAACAGGCGGCGCGCUGCAUCUCUCUACUUCGCUGCCACUGAACCAGAGGAGCCGGUAGUAACGGCGACGGCUAAUCCAGAUCGACGGAUCAAGAAGAGCGCAUCAUUCGUCCGUCUCUCACUGAAUGCAGAAGGCAAGGCUGAGGUCGUCACCAAAGAUGCUGCCUCUCCAUCACCACCACGGCCUCCGCAGACAUUAAUGCCAGACGUGACACCUUCGACAGACUCAUCAAACCGCCUACAGAGAUCAUACAGUGGUCGCUCUCGUGAUUCUCGGGCGUGGGAAUUCUGGUGUGACAAGGAAUCCCGAAGUGAGUUCGAGCACACAGCCGAGAAGGAUGGCAGUGGUUCGGCGGCAGGUGCGAUUGGUUUGUUGAGGACCACGUCGGGAAGGAACAUCCUGGGCAGCCUGUCUUCGAAAAGGAACGCACCGCUCUCAGUACAUCAAGCAAACAAACGAUCGAAGCUGGACCACAAGCGACCUCCACUGCAAAGAUCCAACACGUCUUUGGGCAGACUCCAAGGACGACCUGCCGAAAGUGCCCGACAUGCACCAAAACUGAAGCACUCCGAGUCUGCAGCACCGCUGCCUGGGAAAGGGCGCGGUGACUCUGACAAGGAGAACAUGUCGCCUCAUUCAGAUGCCGGGCCAUAUGAACGCAUCAGACUCUCCCACGUCCGCCCUGACAGGUCCGGAGAAGGCGUGGGUGCAGACCCCGAGCAAGAUGAAGAACUAUCGGCCUUCACGCGAGGAGGAGAACAGAGGAAAGCUGGCGUAGCGGGUGAUGACGAUCUGGACUGCGUGCAAGGUCUCCUUUCGCUGAGCCAGGGGAACUGGCGUUGA